CCAGAGUCUUAGUUUCUGCUCUUUCGCUAAUUUCACGUCUUUGCUCCACUUGGAACACGUGCCCCUGCCCCCGCCCCAGGCUCCACAGCUGCGCGGGGCCACUGCGCCCCUGGCAGCUCCCCCAGAGCCGUGCGCGUAAUUGCAGGUCCCUCCCUGGAAGGCGCGCGCAGAGUGCGGGUGCCGGGGACCGGACCGGGCCAGCCUUCCCGUCCGAAAACACAGCGGUCCUGGGCCUUGGUUUCCCCUUCCAUGUUGGGGCGUCAGCGCCCGAAUCUACAGCAUCAGGGAACUCCGCCGCCCGCUGGCACAGACCUCCCUGGUGGGCCGGCAGGGACCGUGGGAGGAAAACCAUGCAGCGCGGGGGGCAGGAGGCUGGGGCGCUGUCACUUGUUGCAGCGAAUAACGGGUGUUCGCCCCUGGGGCGCUGUGGUUUCUAAAAUCUCUAGCUGUGUCCGGAUCCCCUUGACUCGGAGCAGGGAAGAAGGGGCAAACAGGAGCAGCUGACCCUGCUGGGGGAGAGGGGGCAGCACCCGAGAGCCCGCUGGCGUGGGCGCUGGGUGCCGGAGGGGCGCGGGUCCGGUCCGCGGGUCCGGUCCGCUUGUGGCGGCAGCUGCCCGCGCUUCCAGGCUCAGUGUUCUCCCUGACGGUGAACCCCGCGCGGGACACAACCCACUGCAGCUCGUCACCUCCUUACCAACUGCUGUCGCUAGGAUUCCCGCCACUCCUCUCAGACCAGCCCCCCCACCCCGCCACUUUUCGGAGUCCUCCGCCCCCGUCACUGCCUAGUGCGGGGCAGUCGGACGCGGAGCCACCGAGCCGCGAGGACGCCUGGCUGGAGCUGUCCUCCGCGGGGGAGCCGGCGCCCCCUGCCGUGCCGUGGGGCCCCCUGCCCUUCGCCCACGGCGCUGGGCUGGCACCCGCGCCGCCCUCGCCGCGCGCCUCCCGGCUCUCCUCCCCGCUCUCCUCCCGCAGGUCCUCCACCGCCGGGUGCCGCGGAGCGGGCGCGAUGCGGCAGCUGUGCCGGGGCCGCCUGCUGGGCAUCUCGGUGGCCAUCGCGCACGGGGUCUUCUCGGGCUCCCUCAACAUCCUCCUCAAGUUCCUCCUCAGCCGCUACCGGUUCUCCUUCCUGACCCUGGUGCAGUGCCUGACCAGCUCCACGGCGGCGCUGAGCCUGGAGCUGCUGCGGCGCCUCGGGCUCAUCGCGGUGCCCCCCUUCGGCCUGAGCCUGGCGCGCUCCUUCGCGGGGGUCACCGUGCUCUCCACGCUGCAGUCCAGCCUCACGCUCUGGUCGCUGCGCGGCCUCAGCCUGCCCAUGUACGUGGUCUUCAAGCGCUGCCUGCCCCUGGUCACCAUGCUCAUCGGCGUGCUGGUCCUCAAGAACGGCGCGCCCUCGCCGGGGGUGCUCGCCGCCGUGCUCAUCACCACCUGCGGCGCGGCUCUGGCAGGCGCCGGCGACCUGACCGGCGACCCCAUGGGCUACGUGACCGGCGUGCUGGCGGUGCUGGUGCACGCCGCCUACCUGGUGCUCAUCCAGAAGGCGAGCGCGGACACCCAGCACGGGCCGCUCACCGCGCAGUACGCCAUCGCCAUCUCCGCCACCCCGCUGCUGGUCGUCCUGUCCUUCGCCAGCACCGACGCUAUCCAAGUCUGGGCCUUCCCCGGCUGGAAGGACCCCACGAUGGUCUGCAUCUUCGUGGCCUGCGUCCUGAUCGGCUGCGCCAUGAACUUCACCACGCUGCACUGCACCUACAUCAACUCGGCCGUGACCACCAGCUUCGUGGGCGUGGUGAAGAGCAUCGCCACCAUCACGGUGGGCAUGGUGGCCUUCAGCGACGUGGCGCCCACCUCUCUCUUCAUUGCCGGGGUCGUGGUGAACACCCUGGGUUCCAUCAUUUACUGUGUGGUCAAAUUCUUGGAGACCAGAAAGCAAAGCAACUACGAGGACCUGGAGACGCAGCCGCAGGGAGAGGCGGCGCAGCCAGGUGGAGACCAGCUGCCUUUUGUCAUAGAGGAGCUGCCGGAGGAGGUAGCUGGCGGGGCAGGAGGUGGAAAGGUAGCAGGUGGCUCCGCUCAGCAAAGGGGGCAAGGGGUGAGGGGCAGCCCCAGAGGAGUCCCGCUGGCGGCUAGUACCUGGCAGAUGGCAGACAGCGCUGAAGAAGCCAGCAGGAGGUCACUGAAGGAUGCUUACCUGGUAGUGUGGAGGUUAGUCAGGGGAACCAAGUAUAUGAAGAAGGAUUAUUUGAUAGAAAAUGAGGAGUCACCCAGUCCUUGAAAAGGAAACGCAUGUAUGUAUAUGUGUACAUAGAUACUUAUUUUAUAUGUUAGAGACAACAUAUUUUAAUGAGGGGCUGCCCAGUUUUAUUCUUUGAGGAGUGGGGCAGGGAAGCAAAGAAAGAAUCUGAACCAGACUGACAGCAACAAAAUUAGCACUGGUGUGAAUUAUUUAGCGUCAGUUCACCUGAGGCAUAACAAAGACAAAAGAAUAUGAAGGUGCUUAACAAGACAGUGGGUUCAGCUGCAGACUCUCGGCACAUUUUUUUGACAUUAUAACCAUAACCAAAUAUCUGCAUGUACUGAGUCCCUCAACCACCCUCAAAGAUGGAGUGUAGAAAUGAUGGCAGCAGGUAAUAAGCUCAAAGAUUACAUCCAAGGGCACAUUUUUGAUGCUAGAACUACAGUUUUUUAUGGCCAGCUGGGCAAAGAGUAUAUUAUUGAAAAGAUAUAUAAAUACACUGAAUUGAUGUUUACUAUUUAUAGUCUCUGAAAUAUCAUGCUAAUUCUAAUUUUCUUCACUUGUUUUUAAACAAUAAGUGUUCUACUAUUCUAUUAUAUAUUGGUAAGAAAUGUCAAAGCUAUUUUGAAAAUAUGAGUUCUUAGCUUUAAUCAUCAAGUUUCAUGUUGGCUUUUAGUAAUUACUAUAAAAAUAUUUUAAAAGUUGUUUUGGUUCACUGCUUUGUAAUAUUUAUUAUUGAAUGCCAUGACCUUUUUAAAUACCAGUUUUACUGUGUCCAAUAUUCUUUCAAGCAAAUGCAAUGGCUGAAAUAGAAUUCAGCAUUAAGAAGCCCAAACAGAAGUAAAACCUUCCUAUUAAGCUAGUCCUUGCAAAUCGCAUUGCACAUUCCAAACCUUGUUACAGAAAGAGCAACUGCUAUAUUCACUUGAUAUUUUUCUAUCUUACAUUUGUCGAAAUAAAGUCUGAGUCUAUCUGCUAAAA